UCCCAAAUGAACAUUCAGUGCACUUCAUUGAAUGAGGAAUAAGUCAUUUUGUCCCCUGUAUGGAGCCAUUUGGAACUCUGGAUUUUGGAUUAAAGACGUAAAGCCGAGAAAUGAUUUGUAGCGGUGGAGAACUUUUUAAACUGCAGGCUGAACAGCUGGAGUCCAGGCUAAAUGUUGAUGCUCUGAGUAAGAAAGAUGUGCUGCUGCUCUUCAGUGUGUUGGAGGGAGAACUGGAGGCCCGAGACCUCGUCAUCCAGGCACUCAGGGGACAGCGCAGGGAAACAUAUAUAUGGGAGCGCUAUGGAAAGUAUGAUCUGAGCGAUCCCUUCCUGGCCCUUCAGAGGGACAACGAGGCUCUUCAGAGCUCUGCCCGGGGCACAGGAAAUGGCACGGGUUUUCCUCAAAGACGAGAGAGAGACGUCAGGCACUCUGAUCCACUGAGCAUGCUCAGGCUGGUGGUGGGACACUGCAGGAGAAUGCAGGAGAAGAUGCUGAAACAGCUUGCAGCUGCUGAAAGCAGGCACAGAAGGGUCAUUGCAGACUUAGAGGAGGAAAAGAAGAGGCAUGCUGAGGACACAGCUGAGGGAGAUGAUGUCACAUGCAUUUUAGAGAAAGAACGAGAGCGCCUCCUACAGCAGUUGGAGUUUGAGAAGAGAAAGUUCUCCCGCAUGGAGAAGGAGAACAAGCGAUUGCAGGCUCAGCUGGAGGAUGAACGCGUCCAGCACAAGCAGCUUAUGUCUGCGCUGGGGUGCGAGUGCAAGCGAUCAAACUUGCGUGCCCACGAGGAGGGACAGCGUUCUAGUGAGCUUAGUCGCCGCCUGGAGCGCCAACGUGCCACCAAUCAAAGCCUGAGGGCAGAGCUUGAGGAGGAGAAGAAGCUUGCCAUGCAGAUGGAGGCAAGGAGAGAGGAGCUACUGGCAGAGUUCGAUACAGAAAGGGAGCUGCUGGCUCUGCGGCUGAGACGAGAAGAGGCAUGCAGCAGUGCUCUACAGGAGGAGGUGGAGAGGCUGAGAAGAGAAGUGCAACAGCUCAGAGUAGAGGAGGACAAGGAAGAGCCUGGGAGUGAGUUUGGGGUGGUGGAUGGUGAAGCAGAAAAAUCGGACAUGAUCCAGCCAAAGAUUAACGGUCAUGAGACUCCAGUGGAGGAAGGAGGGAGUGGUGUGAGGAAUGAAAAUGGAGUUUUUCAUUCCACUUUAAGCCCUGACCAUAAUGAACUGACUAAUGGGAAUGUGUCACCCGCUAAUCUGAAAAACGAGAGUCCAUCAGCCUGUGGCACAGAAUCCUCUCCUGAGACAAGGUCCUCCUCUAGCUUACAGGCUGCCUACCAGGCUGGGAUCCAACAGCGUUUCCAUGCAGCACGUCACAAAUUCCAGUCUGUCGCUGAGCAUGACUCGCAUCUGGUCUCACCUGUCUCUCAUUCCCCUUGUGACCUUUCACCCUGUGCCACCACACAUCCUCCAGCAGAGGGCGGCAACACCAAACAGGCAGCUCGCAGCUCAGCGACUCAGGCUCUCAGUCGCUUCAACACCAAAACGGCAUCAACACCUCACGGUUCACCUAAUGGCACAGACUUCCAUGCCUUGUCUCCUUCAGGAGCUCUGUCUCCUGGUAUUCGCUCCCCCACUGUCCCCAGGGUUGAUAGAGGCAUCCCUCCACCCAUUCCCCCUAAGAAACCGGGCCUGGCUGAAACCCCUCCGUCCCCCGCCACCCUCCGAGCUGCCCACGUGGCGCAGAUUUUAGCCGGAUUUGGGCGUAAAAGCACAGAAAACAGCAAAGAAACAGAUCUACUCUUGUCUUCUAGUAGCUAACAAGCACAUUUUAAUCCACCGGCCAUGGGUUCUGUCAUGGCUAGAUUAUUAUUUUUUAAUUAUUCCAGAUCUCUUGCUACCAAAUCAUCAAGUUUAUACCUGCUAUUAAUUAAUACCGUUAAUCACCACUGUUAUUAUACGAAGUGAUAUAAUCAGUUAUACUAUACGUCAAGAAUCACACAAGGUGGGUCAUGCUCUCAUACAAAAGUAAUCCAAAGCCUGGUUGGUGUAACAUUUCGAUUCCCCUUUCAAAUGAAUUUUUAUGUAUAGCAGCAUAAAACAUAUAAACUUCGCCCCAUAGUGUAACUCUCAGUGGAUGAGCUGUUAACUAAAGAAACAAUAAUGGAUUCGGACUAUUAAUAUAAACCAUAACUCAUUUAUGUUCGAGCUUUCGAAUUAUGUUCAGUAGUAAUCAGUAUUUAACAAUAGUUUUAAUAGUGUUUUAUAUUUUAAGGCUCUGUUGCAUGUCCAACAACACAUUGUAAAUAUGGAAUAAGUUUUAAAGCAAUGUGAUAUUACUCAAAAAAAGUAAGCAUUUAUCUUGAAACAAGAAAUAUGUAUCUCAUACAUAUGCUUCCUGCAUUAAAUCACAAUUGAGCUGUUGAAAUUAUUGUUUGUUAAUUAUUAAAAAAUAAAAAAUAAAGACACUGAAGGUUUUUUUUCGACUUUUAGAAAGUUCUGUCAGAAGCAAGUUGGCGAUUUGUAUAACUAAAGUUUAUGAUGGAUCAUUGCAUGUAAUUUUCAUAUAUGAAUCCUCUUUGAGUAGCCAGGUUUUUAUAUUUUUACACUUCUGAUGCAGAUGUUUGUCAUAUAUUUGUAUCUGAUAUGUUCUAGUUUAUACACUGUAAUGUAUGUAUGUCACAGUUCGUAUGCAGCAGAUGAACAUGCUUUGAGUUGCUUUUGAAAUGUGUUCAUAUGUAUAUAAAAUAUUCUAUAUUAGUUAUUAACUUUAAAAGUUCUGCUUUAAUGCUAUAACUGUGAGAAAUCACACGAAGUAGCACAACCAUAAAACAUCUUUAUUUUGUUCAUGUUUUAUUAUUUUUAUGUCACACGUGUUAUAAAUGUUGUUCUUUACGUUGGUCAGUUACCCAAUCCAAUAUGUGUUCCAUAACAGUAUUAUAUAACAUAAUGUACUGUAAUUGUCUAUGAUUUUGGAUAGUAUUCCUUUGCGUAUUAAAUAUAUGCAUGGUAAUAGCAUCAAACACA